AUGAUUACGCCCAUUCUGCAGGAGGCAGUGGCCUCGGCGGCCCCGGCGUUCACGAAACCGAUUGAACCUGGUGCCAAGGCCAUUUACUCGAGAGACGGGUCCAGGGUGAUUACAGUGCCGAGAGUUCGCAAAACUUCGAGCUCGUCGGCGACAAAUGCGUCACCAGCAGGAAGUCUGCCAGAACGAAAUGAUAGCAACGAAAAUGACGACGAAUAUUCGGACUUUGAUCCUGAUGAUAUCCAGUAUGUUGCUGGCGAUAAUAUCGAUUUCGAGUAUGUUCCAAAAGAUGCGAAUACUGAAGAAGCGAAAUCAGCUGCUACGGCUGGAACGAGCUCGUCCAAGAAGAAGAAAAAGAAGAAGAAAAAGUCGAAGAACUCGUCAGCUGCGAAUGCUGACGCUGAUGCUAUGUCGAAUACAAACUCUGUACAGGUUCAUAAAGACGGAAAUGGAAUAACUAUCAACAAUAUCGACUUUUCGUCGCCUCAGUCUAUUGUCUCGGCUGCUACAGCGGCUGCCGAGGUCGCUGGUGGAGGCAGUCCGAGCUCAGCAGCUAUGAUUUCUAACCAUGUUCAACAACAAUAUAAACAGCAGCAGAAACAACAGCAGCAACAGCAACAACAGAUGCAGCAAUCAUCGAAAAAGUCGGCUGGAUCUUCUAAAAAGCAGAAUAAGGGCGACCGAAUCUGGGACACUUCGUCUGAGGAGGAGCGUGAGCGCAUUAAAGAGUUCUGGCUGACUUUGUCGGAAGACGAGCGUCGUGAUUUGGUCAAGAUCGAAAAGGACACUGUUCUGCAGAUAAUGAAAGACCAGCAACGAAAUAGCUGUAGUUGUUCUGUGUGUGGUAGAAAGAGAAUUGCUAUCGAAGAGGAGUUGGAGGCUUUAUAUGAUGCUUAUUAUGCUGAAUUGGAAAUGUACUCGGAAAAAGGAGUGCCUCAGAGCUUUGGCAAGGGUCUGCCAUUGGCUAAUCCGUAUGGUCAUGAUCAUCAUGACGACUAUGACCAUGCACAUCUUCAUGGCCAUGGCCAUGGCCACUAUGGACAUAACCAUGGUCACAACCAUGCUCAUAAUCACGGUCAUCCACAUGGUCAUGUUCAUAAUCACGACCACCAUCACAGCCAUAACCACAAUCAAAGAGCUAACCGCAGUCGUGGUAAUAGUCAUAGUCAUUUCACUGAACACGAGCACGAGCAUGGUCCACGAAGGUAUAGUAAUUCCGUUAGCAAUUCUAAUGGUGGCUCGAAUGCUCAUAGUCCUCAUAGUACACAUAGUCGCAGCUAUCCUUCUCAUAGUCAUGGCCACUUUAAUCACGACCAUUCCACUGAUCAACGUAUACAAGAGUUACCAGACAAUUAUUCUGAAGGUCAGUCGUUAUCUGAAGAUGAAUAUAUUGAGGAAGAAUACGAGUCUGACGAGGUUUAUGAUGGUGAAGACGAUGCACAACAACUGUACGACUAUGAUAAUGCAAAAAAGCAGUAUUUGGAUGCUGACCAAGAUGAGCAAGAGCAUGUCAUUCAUUUAAUGGAACAUCAUCGAGAAGAGCUUGAAGCAGCAGGGGUUGAUUUUAAAAGUAAGAAACCUCCCUCCAGAGCAGAUUAUGUUCUGUUCCAGAGUAUUUUAAAGGGUCGUCGGAAACAUAAUAUGGAUGGUGGACCUUGUAAUACCAAGAUAUGGCCUCCUGAGGAAUCGGAUGUAGUUGUCGCUGAUGCUAUAAGAGCAGCAGCAGCAGCUUCCGCCUCUUCUGGUACUAAUACAGAUAACUCAGCAGGUAGUGCGAGUACAUCUGCAACGACGGCAUCAUUGAAUGGUAACGACGAUAAUUCUGUUCCAGAAGCAGCUGCUGAUGAAGCUAUUGCAGAAGGUAUUGAUGGAACAGGUUCAUCGUCUGCUUCUACAGCCUUGGCCAAGGUACCAACAGAAGCAUCUGCGUCAGAGCCGACUGGCGGUGAUUCUGACCUGUAUAACUUUGGUAGCAGUUUGACUAUUCAAGGAGGCAUUCUGACAGUGGCUGACGACCUUAUCAAAAACAAUGGGAAGAAUUUCAUUGAUAUGAUGGAAGAGUUGGCUGGUAGAAGAAUGGCUCGUGAAGAGGAAGCUUUAGCUGCUGCCAACGAGUAUGAGGAAGAGUAUGACGACGAGGAGGGUGAAGAUGACGAGCAUGAUUACUUGGAUGAGGAAGAGGAAGAAGAAGAUGACGAUGUGGAUUACAUCGACGAAUACGACGAUGAAAUGGACGACGAGUAUGACGACGAUGAGUAUGAUGACGAAGAGGAUGAUCCACCAGUGUCUGAAGAGCAACGCAUGGCGGAAGGACGACGAAUGCUGCAAAUAUUCGCGGCUCGGAUGUUUGAGCAGCGUGUUCUUAAUGCAUAUCGUGAAAAGGUUGCUCAAGAAAGACAGAAGAAGUUGCUCGAAGAAUUGGAAGAAGAGAAUAGACUCAAGGAAGAGCGUGAAUUGAAAAAGCUAAAGGAAAAAGAAAAGAAAAAAGACAAAAAACGUCAACAAAAGUUAGCUAAAGAAGAAGAAAAAGCUAGAAAGGAGGCAGAAAAAGCUCAAGCUGAAGCUGCUUUAAAAGCUGAACAAGCUAAGAAGCAGGAGUUGGCUCGACAAAAGAAACUGGAACAGAAGAAACUGCAGGAGGAGGAACGAAAAAAGAAGCUUGAAGAAGAACGGAAGCGUGAAGCUGAACGAGAACGGAAGCGACGCGAGAGAGAGGAAAAGGAAAAUCAACGUCGACGGGAGAAAGAAGCAAAAGAAGCAGAGGCUCGUAGGCUACGAGCUGAAGAAGAGGCAAGAGUUAAAAAGGCUAAAGAGGAAGAGGCAGAGAAAAAACGAUUGGCUAAGGAGGCUGAAGAACUGCGCAAGAAACAAGAAAAAGAAGCUCAAGAAGAAGAUGCUAGACGUAUUCAAUUGGCACAAGAAACAGUCCAAAAGACUGAACUUGCUGCUAAACAACAGCAUCAAAAGCAGCUUCUUGCUAGUUUACAGAUGCAUCAACAAUUGGCUAACAGUGAACCAGUUGUUAGCACCUCAACUGCGACUUCUUCAAGUGGAUCACCUCAAUCUGGUACACCUAUUGCACUUCCCACUCUUCCUCAUAGUAUGACACAGCCAAUCCAACAACAGCCAUAUCCAACUGGUCAAGGACUGCCUCCUCAGCAACAGCAACAGCAACAGCAACAUCUUCCUUCGUCGUAUGGACAACUGCCAUUCCAGCAAGCUCCACCCCAGCAGCAACCGCAGCAGCAACCUGGACUUCAUCCAGUUGCUGCCUGGAACUCGUAUCUGACAUCAGCGUCUCCCGGCCAAGCUCCAAUCCCUCAACCACCAGCUAUGUCGAAUACCCAGUCUCCUAUGGCACUUUUAAAUGUUCUUGGCUAUACAAAUGGCUCUUCUGUGACUUCACCGUCUGCUUCUAUGGCUCAACCUCUACAGACACAACCGUUACUUCAACAGCUUCAGCAGUCUCAGCAACAACAACAACAGCAGCCUCGACAACAACAACAGCAACAACAACCCCCAAUCAAACGUCCUAGUGCAGCAUCCAGUAAUCAAGACCUGGAAGAUGAAAACCCAGUCGACGAGCUUAACCGGAUUAUUGGUGGUAGCAGCCUGUUAGAAGAUGACGAGUCGAACUCGGCUUUCCCUAUCAACACUUCUGAUGUAAUGUCUCCUAUUACUAAUGCCACUACUGCAAAUGUUGCACCGGGUCCUGUUCCUACUGCUACUAAUGGUUUUGGCUCGGGACGGUUGUUUUCAGGAUCACUUUUCGAUACCAAGACAAGUUCAUCCUCAUCUGACUGGAGUCCUUUUGGACGUAGAACUUCUAGCAUCGGAUCAAACAUGUGGUCAACCUCUGGAACACCGAAUUUGAAUAUGAAUUCUAUCAAUGGGUCAACUCCAUGGAAUACGAUGCUUCCACAGCAACUUUCUCAACAACCAGUGAUGCCAUCUCACCAGCCACCACCACCUCAACCAUCUCUAUCUCAUUAUCCCUCAUCCCACAUCACCAUCUAUCGAGCUGCCAUGGCUGCCUACCAGACUUUAGCAAAGGAUGGAUGGACCAAUGCCGAUGGAUAUGUCCCAGCUCAAGUUCUAUAUCAUGGCGCUCUCAAGCAACUGGGUGGAUCAUUGACUUUCACCCAGAAUGAGUUUCACAAUGCUUGUGCAGGUGUUUAUGAAGAAUCUACUGGUGCUACUGGCAGGUUUGACUUUUUACGAGACAACCUUGGAUUAGUUACACAUCUCAAGUACAAUCCAAUUGCUCGUAGGUCAGUCUCCCAGAGCUCUAUAGUGUCUCCAACGGUGUCUGCUGCACCUGGACUCCAAACAGACCAGGCUUCAAACCCAGCAUCUACCAAUACAAACAACUGGCCAGUACGUCUAGCAAGUGUUCUCUAA